AGUUUCGGAUGGUGGAUUGAAAUUAGAACUCUCUACCGUUUGUUUUCGAUUUGUGAUCUACUCGAAUUCGACUACAAAUUCUGUGAACCCUUUCGGAUUUUUCAGACAAGUUCGCUGUUCUUGAUUCUGUAUUCUGGGUUCCGAUCAUUUCAUCUGUGGUGUUUGGUCGGAAAUGGAGCCGCCGAAUCCGCAGCCGGAGGAGCCCCCCUUAUGGGACGAGCUUUUCACCAUCAAUCUGAUGCCUUCUGAGUUGUUCGUCAAGUUCCGCAAGGAGCUCGAAGGAAUUCGCUUCGGUUUCAAUUUCGAGUUCUAUAACGCACCCGUAAAUGAUUACCACGCGAAGCUCGUUCUGAAACCUCUAUCCCCGGAAAGGAGGUGGAAGUUCAUGUACGAGCCGCUUCACCAAGAUGUCCGCAUAAUAUCAAAGAAGAUUCCUCUCACAAAGUUUCUGAAUCUCCAGGUUGGUGUUGGGCAUAACUUUCAGAUGAAUGCAACUGGUUUGAAAUGGAAACUCACCACAUGUCUGGGUGGAGACGGUGUUUCUCGGAUCUUUAACAAGACGACUUUUGGUCUUUGCCCGGGUGUUGAUUUUCGGUUCGGAUGGAGAGCUGAUUAUGUACUCCCCGAGAUUACCGGGGGACUCGGUACUGAUGAACAGUUGUUAUUCAACAUGAACUCGGGGAGACUUCAAGCAUCAUUGGAUAGAGUUGAAGCCAUUUUGACUCAUUCGGAUUAUCGUUAAGACAUCUUAAUCCGAUCUUGGUGAAGAAGGAACUGGUAAAUGUGUAAUCUUUCCGUUGCUUCUCCUUUCAACAUGUUGCUUCUAUGUUUCAUCUGGAUCUACACGUGUUUCGCACGUGAAUAAAUUUCACGUUCCUGAAUGGGUUUGGCCGUUUUCUUAUUCCCGAGUUCUUAGUGCUUCUCAUGGUUGCAUUUGUAUCCUUGAAAGGUCUCUUAUGGAUGAUUUUAGGUAAUCUCCAAGACCAUACGAGCAAAAACGAUGAUGAUAUAUGGCGAUCCUCAAAAGGAAAAUCGCUGCAGAUUGGCUCGGGUGGAAAGCAAACCGAAAGAUUUGGCUAAAAAAGGACAGGUUCAUAUCAUAUGACAGAUUCCCACUGGAAACUACCUUGCAUUUUUUUUCCAACAAGUUAAUGUUACCUAGUUUCUUUGCUCUGUUUUCCUCUGGUGUAUGUACUCCCGCAUCUAACAUGUUUUAUCGUUCAUUUUAGUGUAACUAUGAGAAUUUUCCAAACAAAAUGUAAUCGUCAGUCAGGCCAUCAA